ACCCCGGGGUGGGGCCUGUGGACUGCGGCGUGUGGGGAGCUAACGCGGCUCGGAUGGCCGGGCAGGUGAAGGACCGCGAGGCCUUCCAGAGGCUCAGCUUCCUGUACCAGGCUGCUCACUGCGUCCUCGCGCAGGACCCCGAGAACCAGGCACUGGCGAGGUUUUACUGCCACACGGAGAGGACCAUAGCGAAGCGGCUCGUAUUGCGGCGGGACCCUUCGGUGAAGAGGACCCUCUGUCGUGGCUGCUCUUCCCUCCUCAUCCCGGGCCUGACCUGCACCCAGCGCCAGAGACGCUGCAAGGCUCAGCGCUGGACUGUACAGACCUGCCUGACAUGCCAGCGCAGCCAACGGUUCCUCAACGAUCCCAGGCAUCUGCUCUGGGGAGACCGACCUGAGGCCCAGCUGGGGAGCCAGGCAGGUGAGAGAUCCCAAACCACCACAACCCCUGCCAAACACAGCCCACCGCAUUCCAGCCCACCUUCCUGAGGAGAAAGUGCAGCCUCAGAGUUCCAAUCGCCAGUGAUGGAUUCACCCUGUCUUCCAAAUAAAUGUUAAUUCUCUUUAACUUUGCAUGAUUCUGUUCUGUAUUUCAGCUCUUAACUCCAUUUUCCUCUGGUUCUGUCUGUAUUUCUCUGUCAGCAGCUAACAUCUUCUUUGUCCUUUUAGUCCUUUGUCGUUAUCAUCCUCAUACUCCCACCAUUCAGGGAGAUCCCAAUUACCACUUGGCCCCAUGAAGCAGCUCCCAUUUCCAGGACCCUGCCUCCAGUGCCCCUCCACCCCUGCUUCCUCAGUGCAGUGCCACGAUUGGAACUCAGGCUCCGGGCUUGUCUGCGAGGCCCUGAUCCUUCUUAAGGCAGUCCAUUUUUAGGUAGCCCUGACUGUUGACUAAAGGGCUGGACAGACAGACUGCUGAUGCCACUGAUGCUGUUUUUAAAGGAGGGAAAAAAAGUUUGGGUGGGGUUGGUGGAGGGAAGGUUUAGAUUCUCCAGGCCCACUUCCUUUUGGGUCUUUUCCCAAUCUCUGUGUUUUCUUCUAUAAAAUUCUAAUAAGAGAAGUUGUACAACCUGAACUAAUAAAGUCAAAGGUACUAACAAACGGACACUGGCAGAUAUUACACAAGUAAGUUCUGUAGGUAAACCUUCAAGGUUUUCUUGAGAAUCAGUAAACAACAAAAAUUGUUUUAUUUGAUAUCCCUGGACAAUUUACUCGAAGUCAGAAUUUCAGACUGACCUCUUUGCUAGGUGCCAGCUAAUCAGUUUACCCCAAAAGUAGACAAACAAAAUUCCCUAUUCCCAGAAUGCAGUUUCCUCUCUUCUCUUUCUCUUGUAAAUCCUGGUUGCACUUAUUCAUUGCUGCAUAAAAAUCACUGCAUAAUGUUGUAGCUUAAAACAACAAUGAUGUGUUAUUUCCCCUGAUUCUGUGGGCUAGACUGAUUGAGGGCCUGUCUGGGUGGUUCUUCUGUUCCGUAUAGCAUCAGCUGGAAUCACUCAGCUGCAUUUAGUUGGAGGCUGGUACCUGGUCUGGAAGACUCAAAAAGCUUCAUUUGCAUGUUUGCACCUCAUUGCUUCUCCAUGUGGCCUUGCUCUGUAACUGGCCUUGACGUCCUCACAGCAUGGCUGUCUCUGGGUGGUUGGACUUCCUUACAAAGCUUCUGGCUUCCACAGAAAGUAUUCCAAGAAGACAAGCUCCACGGUGCAAGUGCUUAUCAAGCCUCUGUCCUCGUCACGCUUGCUAAUGUCACCUUGACCACAGUAAGUCAUGUGGCCAAGCCCACGUUCAGUGUGGAAGGGGCUACACUGGGGCGUGGAUACUGGGAGGUUCAUUGGUUCCUUGAGGACCACCAGUGUAGCAGUCUACCACAUCCUUGUUUUGCCUUUGUCCCUGACUCAUUCUCUUCACUGAUUCCUUCACAUGCCAGUACGCUGUUUGCAUGGAAAAUACUUAUCAGUGUGCAAGUAACUAAAUGUUUCUGAGUUAUUCUUUGACGUUUAUUUCUGGAGAUAGUAUUCAAUGGGUCAACUGUAGCAGCCAACACAAACAUGUAGCCUGAAGAUGCACCCCAUGCAGGCCUGGACCCUUUGUGUCCUCAGCUCACCUUCCUUGGUUCCCUCCUUGAGUGUCAUUUCUGAGCUGGUUGGUUCUUACGCACUAAAUCUGAUUCUUGGCCAAGUUGUUUUGACUGUGAUUAUGAUUGCACAUGACUGAACAUGUCCACAGUGGGAUAGCACUGGGGUUCCUCUAACUAGAGAUCAUAGCCCUCUUCCUCCUCCCAAAACUCUGUCCUUUUUCAUGUUUACUUAUUAUGAUACAAUAGUUGUCAGUAUGUGCAAAAAUGGAUUUCCUAUAACAAAGAGGAAAUCAAAGCCCUAAAAUUCAAUAGUCAGUUUUCUUUAAUGUUUCUAAACAAUUCAGUAAUUCAAAAUCUGUGCUCUUUUAGGACCUGUUAGAUAAAAUUAAAUAGAGGAGAGAGAAGAAACUUAUGUCAUCCCAACUGAAUCAAAAAAACAAGGUCUGGGAAUCCCCUGGUAGUCCAGUGGUUAGGACUCUGCACUUCCACUGCAGAGGGCUCGGGUUCCAUCUCUGGUUGGGGAACUAAGAUCUGGCAGGCCGUAUGGUGUCGCCAAAAAAAAAGAAAAAAAAAAGAUUUGGGGAAGGUAAGGGAUCUAGUCAUUGUUGGUUCAAAACCUCAGGAGCUUCCUAGGUAAAAUCUGAAACCAGCCCCUGUACAUGGAAAGCAAGGAGAGAUCAAAGAAAGAGGCGGACCACUCCAGAUUGGUAGGUGGCAGGUUUAAAAUAAGCAAGGAAACUUACAUACGAGGCUUUGUCUUGGGCAGCAGCAAGACGAGUAGACCUCCACACUCACCCACCAGAAUCUUAAAAAGUUUAUAUAGAGGCCUUAAUAGGGUUCAGUCAUGCCUUCAGUCCAGAUGGUCUCAACAACACCUUGCUCUCUCAAAGUUGUGCCCUUGGAACAGCUCCCACUGUGGGAACAGUGGGCAGAACUCACACUCCAAGGACAGGGGAGUGGGUGAGGAGCCCCUGAUUGCCCGGGUCCAGUUCGAGGGUCAACCAGCAGUCAUGUCCUCAUGAUUACCUCCUUCAACAGUCAUGCUGAUAUCUGGGAGAAACUUCCAGGCAGAGGGAACAGCUCGGGCAAGUGUCCUGAAGAGGGAGCCUGCGCAAGAGCCUGCGUAUUCAUAGUUCGCAAGAGGCCAGUGUGAGUGAACAGUGAGCCAGGUGGAGAGUAGUAAAUGUGGCCAGGAGAUAAUGGGAGACCAAGGAUCUCUAGGCCAUCAUAAGGAAAUUGACUGGUUCAUUGGGAGGCCAUUGGAGGUUUUUAGCAAGAAAUGACAUGAUCUGUCUUAACAUUUUAAAAGGAUCACUCUGAUCUAACAGUAGACUAGGAGAGCAAGAUUGGAAGAAAGGAAAACAGGGAGCUGUUGUGGUCACCCAUGUGAGAGAUGAUAGUGGCUUGGACAAGGGUCUUCACAGAGGGAGAGCAGUGUUCAGAUUUUAGAUCUAGUUUGAAGGUAGAACCCAUAGAUUUCCUGAUGGACUAGCAGAGGGAUGUAAGAAAAAGGACAAACAAUUCCACAAAACUAAAGUUUAAACGGUCUCGUGAUAUGUGCUAUAAUAUAUUCAGAACAAGAUAUUGGUCUGUACUUUGAAAAUAUCCUCUGUAAAGGAUAUUUUAUGAAUUCCUAUUUGAUCCAAAUGUACAGAGUCCAAUACAUCUCCAGCCCUGAUGUGUGUAUUAGUUUCCUAGGGCUGCCAUAACGAAGUGCCACAAAGUGGGUGGGUUACAACAACAGAAGUUUAUUCUCUCGCAGUGCUGGAGGCUAGAAGUCAAGCCAUCCACAGGACAACGCUUUCUCCAAAGGCUCUGUAGAAGGAGUCUUCCUUGCUUGUUCCUAACUUCUGAUGUUUAUCAGCAAUCCUUGGUGAUCCUUGGCUUGUAGAUAUGUCACUCCAGUCUCUGCCUCCAACAUUGUAUGGCAUUCUCCCUGUUUGUCUCCAGACAAACAAGGACAUCAGUCAUUGGAGUAGGGCCCACCCUAAUCCAAUAUGAUGUCCUCUUAACUUGAUUAUAUCUGCAAAGACCCUAUUUCCAAAUAAGGUCACAUUCACAUGUUCUAGGUGGACAAAAAUUUGGUGGGGGACAUUAUUCAUCUCAGUGCAGGGUGGAAGUUGGGUUUGGAAUUCAAUCUAAUCAUUCCCAGGGCUUCUGGAAAGUACACUGUAUGUAGAAUGGAGAGACAUGCCAUCACUUCUGUAACUCUCUAUGAACUUUUCUCUCUGUAAUGUUAAUGCUAUAAGGUUCUUAGCAUAUAUCCUCUCAUUAUAAAGAUAAAAUACCUGAUGCUGUCCAUUGAGCCUUUUGAGGAUCUGUUGUAUAAAUCAGGGGGAAUAUUUUCUGAUUUCAAAGAAGAAUGAGACAGAACAAUAAUUCACUGUGUUAAUGAACUAAAAGAGAAAAAAAAUCAUAUAAUUUCAGUAAAUGUAGAAAAAGCAUUUGACAGAAUCUAACAUUUAUUCCUAAUAAGAUCUCUCAGCAAAUGAGGAAUAGAUGAAAAGUUCCUCAACCUUAAAAGGACAUCUAUGAAAAAGCUACAACUAGCAUCACAUUUAAUGGUGAAAAAAUGAAUGCUUUCCCCCUAAAGUCAGGAAAAAGACAAGGUUGGCUACUGUCACCUCUUCUACUCAUCAUUGAACUAGUGGCUCUAGCCAGUGCAACAAGGCAAGAAAAAGAAACAAAAGGCAUCCAGAUUAGAAAGGAAGGAGUAAAAUUGUUUUAGUUUGCAGAAGACAUGAUCAUCUAUGCAGGAAGUCUUAAGACAUCACUUGAAAAGCUCGUACAGGGACUUCCCUGGUGAUCCAGUGGUUAAGACUCUGCACUUCCACUGCAGGGGGCGUGGGUUUGAUUCCUGGUCCACGUGGGUUUGAUCCCUGAAUGCUGUGCAAUGCAGCCAAAAAAUAAAUAAAUAAAAAUAAAAAAUAAAAAGCUCCUACACCUAAUAAGUGAGUUUAGCAAGAGUGCAGGAUAUAAAAAAAAAAAAAAAUGUAUUUCUACGUACUAGAAAUUGUA